AAUAAUUAAUAUUUUAAAUGAAAUAGGCAAUCUUGCCAGAUCCAAUUCAUCACUAGUAUUUUACUAAUCAUGUUAAUUCACUUAAAUAAAUCAAAUGUAGGAAAAACAAAAAUGAAGAAGAUUCUUUAAGUGUGAUCCGUAAAUGUAACUUAUAACUUAUAUGUAGUAUCGACAAUCAAAAAAAUUAAGGAUUAAGUCUCAGCAUUUGAAGCUGUUGAAGAAAAUAAAAGCAUAGCCUAUAAUAAUUAAAAGAUUUAAUAAGCAAUUAUGAAAAUAAGUAAUGCUAAACAUACCUUUCCAAAGCUAUAAAUUAAACGUAAAGAAAAAACUGAGAUAUCUGAUGAAAUCGUAAAAGAAAAUAAAAGACUUAAAAAAAGCAUAGAAAAUGUCUAAAAUAGCUUAACAUAUAGAACAAAGCAUUUGAACAUCAGAAAGUCUUAUUAACAGGUACUGAACGAAUAUUGUUAAUAAAGAUUGCAAUAAUAAAAUGAAUAAUUAUAAUAAUGAUU